GUCAGGAAAUACCCUUCAUCUCCUCCUCUGGGGCGGAGCUUGGCCCCAAGGUGGUAGGAAUGACUGCUUUAGUGAGACGCGGCUUGGCCCGCGUGGGCAUUCCCUGUGUUUGGAGAGGGAAAUGUUUCAGCUCCGGGAAUGAGCAGGCAGAGAGCAACCAGGUGACACCGAUGCUGCGGCAUCUUACGUAUAAAAUAAAGUCUACAGGUCCCAUCACUGUGGCCGAGUACAUGAAGGAGGUUUUGAUCAACCCAGCCAAGGGAUAUUAUGUGCAUCAUGAUAUGCUAGGAGAAAAAGGAGACUUUAUUACUUCACCUGAAAUAAGUCAAAUCUUCGGGGAGCUACUCGGGAUAUGGUUCGUUAGUGAAUGGAUGACCUCUGGAAAAACUACAGCUUUCCAGCUGGUGGAGCUGGGGCCAGGCCGUGGUACCCUCACAGCAGAUAUUUUGAGGGUGUUCAGUCAACUUGGAUCUGUGCUAAAAAACUGUGACAUUUCAGUACACCUAGUAGAAGUGAGCCAAAAGUUAAGUGAAAUUCAAGCAGUGACACUGACAGAGGAGAAAGUCCCACUGGAGAGAGAUAUGGAGUCGCUGGUGUACAUGAAAGGUGUUACGAAGUCUGGGGUUCCAAUAUCCUGGUACCGAGACCUGAAGGAUGUCCCUAAAGGAUACAGCUUUUAUCUCGCACACGAGUUUUUUGAUGUUCUUCCUGUGCAUAAAUUUCAGAAGACCCCACAAGGAUGGAGAGAAGUGUUUGUUGAUGUCGACCCACAAGUUCCUGAUAAACUGAGGUUUGUCUUGGCGCCGUGUGCGACCCCAGCAGAAGCCUUCUUACAACAUGACGAAAGAAGAGAUCAUGUGGAAGUGUGUCCCGAGGCAGGCGUCAUCAUCCAGGAACUUUCUCAGCGCAUUGCAGUAGCUGGAGGUGCUGCCCUGAUUGCCGAUUAUGGUCACGACGGAACAAAGACAGACACCUUCAGAGGGUUUCGUGGACACCAGCUUCAUGAUGUCUUGACUGCUCCUGGAACAGCUGACCUCACAGCUGAUGUGGACUUCAGUUUCCUACGCAGAAUGGCACAAGGAAAAGUAGCCUCUCUGGGUCCAGUGGAACAACGAACCUUUUUAAAAAACAUGGGCAUUGAUGUCCGGCUCAAGAUUCUUUUAGAUAAAGCAGAAGAGCCAUCGGUGAAGCAGCAGCUACUUCGAGGGUAUGAUAUGCUAAUGAACCCUCAGAAGAUGGGAGAAAGAUUUCACUUCUUUGCCUUGCUUCCUCUUCAGAGACUUGAUGGUGGAAGUCAAGAAAGGAAUGCCUGUCAGUCAAAAACCCCCACCUCAUCUGUAGCUGGGUUUGAUGAACUUGUUUGGCAGUGACAUUUCAGCUUGGAGUUUUUCUUCCUUAGUAUGGAUUAAAAGUCAAAAUAAAGGAAAUUUACUUUGUAUAUUGAAGGUAAUAAGUGUUCAAACAACCUGUUUUAUAUAAAUACAAUAAAAUGGUAGAAUGUUCAAGGUUAUAACUCUUGGUAUAACUGUUUUCAACUUAGUGAAGUAAUUUAUUGUGAAAUUGUUUCCUUUAAUCAAUCUAGUUGCUGUUUUUACUUUUUUU